AUGAAGUUUUUCAACCAAGCAAUCUUCGUGGCCAUCUUCGCCGCCGCUUCUCUUGUGGCAGCUGCUCCUAUGCCUACCGAGGUUAAGCGUGACCAGUACGAUGUCACUAUGAAGUGCCAGGCUGCCUAUGCCGACCUGCUCGAGAAGCGUGAUCAGUACGAUGUCACCAUGAAGUGCCAGGCUGCCUACGCCGACCUUGUCGAAAAACGUGACCAGUACGACACCACCAUGAAGUGCCAGGCUGCUUACGCCGACUUGCUGGAGAAGCGUGACCAGUAUGAUGUCACCAUGAAAUGUCAAGCUGCGUAUGCCGAUCUGGUCGAGAAGCGUGACCAAUACGAUACCACCAUGAAGUGCCAGGCUGCGUAUGCCGACUUGCUCGAGAAGCGGGAUCAGUACGACGUGACCAUGAAGUGCCAGGCCGCCUACGCGGACCUCGCCGAAUAA